CUCUGGCGGGCUUUCGGCUUGAGGGGCAAGGUGAAGAGCGCACGGGUCCCGGGGUUCACCGAGCUGGAUUUGCAUGUUGCACCAUGCCUUCUUGGAUCGGGGCUGUGAUUCUUCCCCUCUCCGGGCUGCUGCUGUCCCUCCCGGCCGGCGCGGAUGUGAAGGCUCGGAGCUGCGGCGAGGUCCGCCAGGCGUACGGUGCCAAGGGAUUCAGCCUGGCGGACAUCCCCUACCAGGAGAUCGCAGGAGAACACUUAAGAAUCUGUCCUCAGGAGUACACGUGCUGCACCACGGAAAUGGAAGACAAGCUAAGCCAGCAAAGCAAACUGGAGUUUGAAAACCUGGUGGAGGAGACGAGUCACUUUGUGCGCACCACUUUCGUGUCCAGGCACAAGAAAUUUGACGAAUUUUUCCGAGAGCUUCUGGAAAAUGCAGAGAAGUCACUAAAUGAUAUGUUUGUACGGACCUAUGGCAUGCUGUACAUGCAGAAUUCGGAAGUGUUCCAGGACCUCUUCACAGAGCUAAAAAGAUACUACACCGGGGGCAAUGUGAAUCUGGAGGAGAUGCUCAAUGACUUCUGGGCUCGGCUCCUGGAACGAAUGUUUCAGCUGAUCAACCCACAGUAUCACUUCAGUGAGGACUACCUGGAGUGCGUGAGCAAAUACACAGACCAGCUGAAGCCAUUUGGAGAUGUUCCCCGGAAGCUGAAAAUUCAGGUCACUCGCGCCUUCAUUGCUGCUCGGACAUUUGUCCAGGGGCUGACCGUGGGCAGAGAAGUUGCAAAUCGAGUUUCCAAGGUGAGCCCAACCCCAGGCUGCAUCCGUGCGCUCAUGAAGAUGCUCUACUGCCCUUACUGUCGGGGGCUGCCCACGGUGAGACCAUGCAACAACUACUGCCUCAAUGUCAUGAAGGGCUGCCUGGCAAAUCAGGCUGAUCUCGACACCGAGUGGAAUCUGUUUAUAGAUGCAAUGCUCUUGGUGGCAGAGCGACUGGAAGGACCAUUCAACAUUGAGUCGGUCAUGGACCCAAUAGAUGUCAAGAUCUCUGAAGCCAUCAUGAACAUGCAAGAGAACAGCAUGCAGGUGUCUGCAAAGGUCUUUCAGGGAUGUGGCCAACCCAAACCUGCUCCAGCCCUCAGAUCUGCUCGCUCAGCUCCAGAAAAUUUUAAUACACGGUUCAGGCCUUACAAUCCUGAGGAAAGACCAACCACUGCUGCAGGCACAAGCUUGGACCGGCUGGUCACAGACAUAAAAGAGAAACUGAAGCUCUCUAAAAAGGUCUGGUCAGCAUUGCCCUACACCAUCUGCAAGGACGAGAGUGUGACGGCGGGCACGUCCAACGAAGAGGAAUGCUGGAACGGGCACAGCAAAGCCAGAUACUUGCCUGAGAUCAUGAACGAUGGGCUGACCAACCAGAUCAACAACCCCGAGGUGGACGUGGACAUCACGCGGCCUGACACGUUCAUCAGGCAGCAGAUCAUGGCUCUCCGUGUGAUGACCAACAAACUGAAGAACGCGUAUAACGGCAAUGACGUCAACUUCCAGGACACGAGUGAUGAGUCCAGCGGCUCGGGGAGUGGUAGUGGAUGCAUGGAUGAUGUGUGUCCUACGGAGUUUGAGUUUGUCACCACAGAGGCCCCGGCAGUGGAUCCUGACAGGAGAGAAGUAGACUCUUCUGCAGCCCAGCUGGGACACUCGUUCCUCUCAGGAUCUCUCGUCUGCGUCGCCCUGGCGUGGCAGAGACUGUGCAGAUAAUCCUGGGAUUUGGGUCAGAUGAAACUGCAUUUUAGCUAU